UUAGUAAUAAUUAUCAAAAAAAUGAAAUUAAUAGCGUACAUAUUAUUAUUAAUUAUUUAUGAAAAAAUGGAUAAUAUCGUAUUAUCCUCUGAUAUUGAAAUAGAUAUUGCAAAAACAAUAAUUUGGGGUCCCGGCUUAAAACCUGACAAAAUAAUAAUGCGAGCAAGAUAUUUUUUUUUACAGCUUGUAGACACAAAUGGUCAAAACUUAACUGUUUCACCUGGUGCAGGCUUUGUUACCGCUAAAGUACAAGGUCAAACUUGGAAAAAACAAUCAUGUCAUAUAUGGACGCAAGUUUUAGACCGUAAAGAUGGUAGUUUUAUUAUCCGUUAUAAACUUCAUAAUACUUGUAUGAAUAUGACUUUAAAUGUAAAAAUAAACAAACAAGAUUUACAAGUACAACGAUUAGAAAUGAUGGGUCCUGCAUAUGAGGAAGAAUGUUAUUGUCCAAAUACAAACUUUAAUGAAUGGUUGAAUGAUUAUGAAUGUCCAAAUAAUUACGCACAAAUUAUUUCUGAUCUUACUCCUUUUGUUAGUGUAGAUUUUAACAAAAUACGUAAUCCUUUGAUUAAGAAAUAUGACAAGCCUAACAGCGUUAGUCUUUGUCAUUAUGUUAUCAAAAAUAAUAGAAUUUAUAGGCGAUGCUACGGACAACACGUAGGAUUUAAAAUAUUUAUGGAUGCGAUAUUGCUUUCGCUUGCACGCAAAGUAAUUCUUCCGGAUGUUGAAUUUUUUGUUAAUUUGGGAGAUUGGCCGCUUGUUCCAAUCAAAGAACUCAACUAUCCUAUUUUUUCAUGGUGUGGGUCUAACGAUUCAAAAGAUAUUGUUAUGCCAACAUAUGAUAUCACACAAUCAUCUUUGGAAGCUAUGGGAAGAGUAAUGCUAGAUAUGCUAUCCGUGCAAGGUAACAUAGAUACCCCAUGGGAAAAGAAAAUAGAAAAAUUAUUCUGGCGUGGUCGUGAUUCCCGUAGAGAACGUCUUAAUCUCAUAGACAUUUCCAGGAACCAUCCUGACUUAUUUAAUGUAUCUCUUACUAAUUUCUUUUUUUUUAAGAAUGAAAUUGACAAAUACGGUCCUCCGCAAAGUUACGUUUCAUUUUUCCAAUUUUUUAAGCACAAGUAUCAAUUGAAUAUUGAUGGUACAGUAGCAGCAUACAGAUUUCCAUAUUUACUAGCAGGAGAUUCUUUAAUACUGAAACAAGAUUCGAAAUAUUAUGAAUAUUUUUAUAAUGAUUUAGUACCUGAAACACACUAUAUACCCGUAAAAAGAGAUUUAUCUGAUUUAGUCGAAAAAAUUAAAUGGGCCAAAGAAAAUGAUGAAAUUGCUUUAAAUAUUUCUAAAACUGCUAGACAAUAUGCAAGAGAUCAUCUAUUGCCGCUGAAUGUUAUUUGUUACCACAGCGUGCUACUUCGAGAAUGGAGUAAACGUCUUAUUAAUAAGAUCAAGGUUUUAGAUAACAUGGAGGAAGUUUUACAACCGCAGCAUUCCUGUCAAUGUAAUAUUGAUGAUGUCAAUUUAAAGGAUGAGCUUUAAAAUUGUUUAAUCUCAAUGCGUUAAACAUUUUAAUAUGAGCUAUUCACAUUUUGUGAUAAUUAUUAUGU